UUUAUUUUCUAAUGUGUGUUUUAACGUUUAUUAAAAUAUGAAAACGAUUUAUAUAUAAAGAAUGGCUGACUUAGAUGAAUACAGAGAAGGAAUACGAUAUAUUAAAUUAUAUGCUUCUGAUUAUAAUAUAUCAGAAUUACAAAUCACUGAGAUUUUUAAUAAGUGUUUUCAAACGCUUGAAAUAAAAUACAAUAAAAAAACUUGGAGUAUAACAAAAUUAUUAACAUAUGUUACAACAUUUAUAUGUGUAUUAUUAAUUACUUUUAUUGGCCUAUAUAAUCAUCCUUUUUAUAAUACUGUAAUAUUAAGAAAUCUACAAAGCUCUAUUUAUCCUGGCUUUACUAUUCUACGCAAAAUAGCUAUCCCAAUUAUAGAACAAUAUCCACCACUGUCAGAGUUUUACGAUGAAUGGUGUUUAGUUGAAAAUCCAUAUUUUUAUAUUUACGAUAUGAAUUGCUGGCCAUGUAGUAUCAUUCAUUCUAUAGCAGAUUUAACAAAUCACAAUAUAUCUAAAAAUUUUAAUAUUGGCAUUCCUUAUACAAAAACAGAAAAUAAUAUUACUGUUAAUAUACAAGAUUUAUCUGAAAUGUAUUGGUAUAAUAAUGAAACUUUUAAAGAAGAUGCUAAUAAAGUACAUUCUAAUAAUGAAGAAUAUCGCACUAUUCAUGAUGUUAUGAAUAAAAGAUUGGAUAUUUAUCCUUCUGAGUUUCAUACAACUCAUAUAACAUGGAGAGUAAAUCGUAUGAAACCCGGAAGGAUUAUACGGAAACUAUUUCCAAAACCUAAGGAUACUCCUAAUUGGUGGGGACAAAGUACAGAGAAAUUUGUAUUUAUUGAUGAAGCAAACUCUCCGUUUUAUUCAUUGCCUAGAUCUGAAUGCAGUAAUGUAAUAUUAAGAUUAACUGAUGGAGCAAGAUUAAUAAAAAUGAUGCCAAGCUUAGAGUGUCAACAAAGCUGUUCAACUUUUACGAUUCUUCUUUCCAAGGGAAACACAUUGUGGUAUAAUUGGUGGUAUUGGCAUCCAAUAAGUUUACCAGUUCCUAAUUCAAGUACUAUUUCUAUAAGUUAUCUUACUUCAUUUUGUUAGAAUAAUAUUUAAAUUAACGAUAUAAUACAUGUGCAAUAUAAGCUUCUAAAAAAGUUUAUGUAAUAAAUAAUUUUAUAUUUUAUA